UACUUCGGGGGCAGCUCCCUUAGAAGGAAGCAUAUAAUGGGCUUCAAACUUUGCAAAGUUUGCUCAUUGUAGAAAGCAAGAUUUUGUGUCUCGCUCUUCCUCGCUCACUCUUUACAGUAUUAUUUCUUGAUAGUAAUUCCUUUCAGUUGUUUUCUUAUUAAAUCUAGCUCCAAUUCUGAACUUCCAAGCUUAAAGAUCAAACAUAUCAUAUUCGCAUUAACUCGAUUCGAGUUAAGUUCUGGGUGAUCUUAGAGGAGCAAACAAUAACAUUAUUGCAAGAGAAAAAGCAAAUUAAGAAAUCAUAAUGGAUGAGAAAAUUAAUGAAGGAGAGAAAGUAGAUGAAGUAAUGCUUCCAGGGUUUAGGUUUCAUCCUACCGAUGAAGAGCUUGUAGGAUUUUACUUGAAGAGGAAGAUUCAACAACGUCCUCUUUCUAUUGAGCUCAUCAAGCAGCUUGAUAUAUAUAAAUAUGAUCCAUGGGAUCUUCCAAAGUUUGCAUCUGGUGGAGAGAAAGAGUGGUAUUUUUAUUGUCCAAGAGACAGAAAAUAUAGAAACAGUGCAAGGCCUAAUAGAGUAACAGGAGCUGGAUUUUGGAAAGCAACAGGAACUGAUCGUCCAAUCUACUCAUCGGAGUGUAGCAAGUGCAUUGGAUUGAAGAAGUCUUUGGUGUUUUACAAAGGUAGAGCUGCCAAAGGGGUUAAGACUGACUGGAUGAUGCAUGAGUUUCGCCUUCCUACUUUUACUGAUUCUACCAUUUCAAAGAGAUGUGUUGAUAAAAAUCUUCCUAUUAAUGAUUCAUGGGCAAUAUGCAGGAUAUUCAAGAAGACAAGUCCUAUAACUCCAAGAACUCACUCCCACUCUUGGGUAUCUCCUUCCUUGCCUAACCCUAACAUAAACCCUUCAACUCAUUCACUUACAUCAACUACUUGCAACAACCCUAAUUUCAGCCCUGAAAACAUCACCAAUAGUACUAGUUGUAGUUCUUCCAUGCAAUCAAACUCUAACUACAUGAACGAAUUAGACAAAAUUUUGCAAUUACCCAAUUCUUUCUCAUUCUUAGAUCACUUACCAACCUUCAAACCCAUCUACCCUAACGAUUAUGAUACAAUAUCUAAUGAUAAUCUGUUUCCAAAUAUUGCAACCUUGUUAGAUCUUCCACCUAGCUACAUUUUGCCUCAACUUGAGGAGCCAUCUCAGCCGCCGUCGAAAUCCAAUAACAUCGAUAUCUCAUCGAUGUUCUUAAACAUGUCAUCCUCAAUUCUUGAACAUACCAAUAAACAUUCGGAUGUGAACGUUGAUUUUGGUAUGUUGCCUAAUAUAAAUGGACAAUGCCUUGAUUUUCCACUUGUUACAUUGUCACAAGAUCAUAUGCAACAUAAUAAUGAAGGUGAUAAUCAACAAGAUUAUGCAUGUACUUUGUUGGGAAAUUUGAACAAUAUGUUGUAUGCUGAGGAUGAAUGUCAUGCAUGGGACGAAAUUCACACUGUUGGAUCAAUUCCAAUUUCAAGCUUGUUGCCACCGUUGGCUAUGCCUGAGGCAUGGAAAUCACCAUCAAUGUGGGAUUGUGCACCACCUUUGUCAUAGCAGAAAGUGUGCAAUUGUAAUGAAUUUUGUUAGUUCUUGGAGUUUGCAACUUCUUCUAACCAAUAUUUUUCUUCUUUAUGAUCGAUUGUUGAGGUUUAUGUAACUACUAUCUAGAUGUUAACAAUGGUAAGGAUGAAUUAGUAGUGUAUGUGAAGAGCAUCAACUUGUUUUGUACUAUGUUUUGUAGUCUUGUAGGGACUUCUUCAACCUGUUUUGAGUGUUGAAAAGCUGCAAAUUUAUAACAUUAUUAUUGGAGCGUAGACAUCAGAUCAAAAGGUCUGUGU